CGUCGCGCUCGGGGGCCGCGCCGGGUAGCGCUUUUCUCCAGGGCCUGAGGCGGCUCUGGUCCGGAGAGCCCUUCGCCAGCUCCACGGGGACCUCCGUGCACGGAUGGACCCGCCCGGCCCCGGCGGGAGGCGGCCUGGCAGGCGGCGGCCCCGGCGGCACCAGCGGAGAAUUUAAAUGAAUAUGUUGAAGCAUUAAUUACCUUGAAACAAAAAAUUAUCAAUACCGACAAUUUGUUGACAGAAUAUCAGAAGAAAUGCGAUGAGCUGCAGUUUGCAAGAAGAGAGAACAGCACUCUACAUCACCAAGUGGAACAGAUGCUUCAAAAAAUUUCUCCUCUGCAGAAAUGUCAGGAAGAAUUGGGAUCUUUAAAAGCAGAGCUAGAAGAGAAAAAGAGUUCUCUAAAGUUGUAUCAAGAUACUCACCAGGAAUAUGCUCGUGUAAAGGAAGAAUGCUUGAAAAGUGACGCACAAAAGAAGAAACUGGAAGCGAAGGUGAAGAAGCUGGAAGAGGCUGCUGUCAAGCAAACUCAGGACUUCAAGCAACUGAGAAAUGAAAAGAAAAUACUUGAAAAGGAAUUUAAGAGGACACAGGAAAGGCUUGACGAGUUUUCCAAGCAGAAAAGUGAAAAGGAAUUGAGACAUAUUGGAACACAAAUUUCAAGUGAUUCGUAUGGAAGCAUAGACAAAAGGAAAGUGAAGCUGCUGCUGAAGGAGCUCUGGCUCUGCGUGAACUCAGCGCGCAGACUGCCUAGUGAAGGCAGCAGAUGGGUUACAGAACAACCUGCCAAAGAAGACACCAGAUCCGAAGCAUCUGGGGAAGAUGACAUGCUACCUCCAGCCCCAGGCAGCCCACCCAGGCCCUCAGAUAUGCAUACGUGCCUCACGAAGCUGUCCAUGGAGGUACAGGCUGACUUUGCUGCCUGGGAAAGUGUGGACAAAGAGCAGCCCACUGCGGAGAACCCCUGUGCCAGCAGAGCUGUUUCUCAUGAGGACAGGAAUCCUGAGCUUUUCCUGCAGAGACCUGCUGACUGGGACAGGACUGACUUAGCCCAUCAUAGUCAGUUUUUGGACAGAGAUCUUCAGGCUGCAAUGGACUUCAAACUUUCCCUUCCUCUUCUGUCUCCAGUGCCCUCGCCCCCUCAGAUGUCCUCGCCCCCUCGAAUGUCCUCACCCCCUCGGAUGUCCUCACCGUACCUGAGCUCCCUACCUUCUGCUCUCACCCCUGAAACCUACUUUGGAGAGUGUACAGAUUCCAGCGACAGCGAUUCCACUCAUCUUAGAAAUUCCACUGGCUCUGUCUCCGAAGAUGAUGUAACUGAUUCACAAGAUUAUUUCGGUUUAUCCAGAAAAAAUAAAGCAAGUGGCGCAUGGAAAGAAAAACCCAGAUCACAAGAAGCUAUCCCCGCUCUAAAUAAGUUGGCAGUGAAUAAAGAGACAGCUGGUGAGCUUGAGACACUCACGGCAGCACCGCGAGAGCCUUCCGCCACAUCCCCUGUGGCUUGGGAGAAGCCCUGGACAGCGGCGUCUCGAUUGGAGACUGAUAGAACGAGAGAUGUUCUAGGUGAGGUAGGACGAGCAGUGGGAGUCAGAAGGAGCGCUGAAUCCCUGCAGGCUGACGGGGCGCAUCACAUGCCCAGCGGGAGCCUGUGGGGUGAGAGGUCGUCCAGCAGCCUAGCAGGGGAGAAGGAGGAAGCCGCUGGGAAGUCCCUCCUUCACAGGGGGCCGCUGAAUGAGCUCGCCGAGUCUGGAGGACAGUCCUUGCCGUCCAGAACGACAGGAUCACACACAUCAGAAUUCACCCAGUGGACACUUGCUGAUGAAGUCGCUUUGGAGACAGGAUGUGUCACCAGAUCUGGCCCUCUGCAGAGAGGAUCCAGAGAAACAGAAAAGGACAAAGAGGUUAAGCAGGGGUCUGCUUUGGAAGAAUCGCCUGAACUAGAGGAUGACAGAGGUGAUGCAGCUGACGUGAUGGGUCCAGCAGGGCCUGAUGUUAGAGCUGGUGUUUCUUCCUUUCCUACCUCGGUACCAGGCUCUGUUUGCAGUAAUCCUCAGUCUUCCCAGCUAGAGUACGUUAGUGAGGCAGAUAUUCCAACUAAAGUAAUCCCUCCUAAACUGCACCAUUCGGAACAAAAAGUGCAAACUAAAACUUCAUUGCAGUCUGAGCCACGAGAGCAUUCUGCACAGGAGAACGACCCGGAGAGCAGCUUGCGUGCUUCGAGUGCUGAAUCGGGGGCACCUAAUUUGAGUGAUCAGAAGAGCAGGGAGCUAGAAUGCACAAAACCUGUACAAGGCUUGACCAAAAUCUACUCCUUUCCUCAGUCAGUGUUCAGGAAGGCCACAAAAGAUGGGCACUGUGAAACUCAAGAUCCAGGAAUAGAGCUCACACUACAGACGUCAGAUUUGACUUCACUGGCAGAUUCUCAGAUCAAGAGCGGCUCUGGUCUUGUGAGAAGCACUUCGUGGCACCGUAGUGAUCUGUUAAGGAGAAGUGGGGAGAGCCCGGGAGCUGCCUCAGAACACGAACAGAAGAAUGAGCAGAAGACGCCAACUCCACAGAACAGAGGGUCGGCAGCUGUGCCUCAGCUUCCUGCAGAAAGUAACGGACCUGUGGAAUUCAAGGCUGCUGCUUCCUUGCUGCCCAAUCAAGUGUCAGUCAUCACAAAGCAGGUCAGACCCCCGAGGACGCAGAGUGCUCCCUGGGAGCCCUCGACACUGAACAGGAAGCAGCCGUGCUUAGCGGCUAGAAAUUGUGAGAACACAAGUGAGGAGACAGCUUCUGUAGCAGAGUUCGGUGGGGAAGGGGAGGACACAGCCAGAAACACCAAGGGAGCGGCUGCCCAGAACACUGCACCGGAGGCUUCUUCCUCUUGGAGAAAAGGAAAUUUUGAUCCUCCGAGUGCUUCUUUACCAGCAGGAAAUUUGGAUUGUUCUGUGGAUGUUAAGGUAUCUUUCUCUUCUGAAGGCACCUUUACCCACAGCCAGGAGGAUUCGAGGGACACUGCCACGCAGGACGAGGCACAGGCACCCAGGCCAUCUCCUUGCUCCAUGGGUCCGGACGCAUGCGCGGCGGAGGGCAGUGAUGGGCUUCCGGCUGAGCUGGCAGUGUCAGGAGGCUGCCCUGUGGAAGAAGCACCCCGUAGAGACACUGGCACACCAGGCACCGAGGCCCUGGCUGUUACCUGCAGUCCCCCCAGCAUGGCACAGGGUACUGACGAGCCUUGGAAGGUGGCAUCUGGAACUCCUGGUGCCACUUUCCCGGAACACUUUGUCACCAUAGGUGUCACCUUUUCAUCACCAUUGUGCAGUAAAACUGAGACCCAGGACCUCUCCCAAAGCAGUCUGCUGGGUGCCUCCUUGUGUUCUGCAGGGAUUCGUGAGGCCCGGGAGAAGGACAGUGAGGUGGAGGGGAGUGAGAGCUUGUUCAGCUGUAGUGAGAGUGAGCUGGAGGCUGACGGGCCAAGCAGGGGACCACAGGGUGCUGUGGGUGAUGCCCAGAAGGCUUUGGGGGACAGCGAGGCUAGGGGGCCCGAGACCGGAGCUUCCCUAGAGCUGGGCGAUUUGACCUCAGCACUGCAAGAGUUUAACCUCAGUCCUUCUCCUGACAUAGACAGGCUUUCCACAUCAGGGGUCCUCAUGUUUCUAGAGAGUUGUCAGUUACAGGACUGUAGUUCAGGGGACUCUGUUUCCGAAUGUUCUAGCAAGGGAGCCCUAAGUAAAGAAGUGGACAAAAAGUUAAAGCCAAGCGGAAUCUCGGGAGAGCAGGGUGGGGAGCAGCGCUGUGAAGAAGAGACACCGGGAAUCCCUGGGGAGUGGAUUGAAGCCGAGGACGAUGCCUGUUCCGUACAAGCACCCAGUCCCCUUGCUCAGUGUUCCUUGGAAAUACAGUCUGAGGUUCUCACCAGAAUUGGACAGGAACUUGAAAUAAGCCAUGAGGACUGCGAUGGUAACGAUACUGGUAAUUUAUUGCUCUUAAACAUAUAUGACAGCCUGACAAUGGAAGAUCUGAAAGAGAACGUUCCACCUCCUCGAGAAGUGACACCCCACGCCCUGGAACUGCCCCUAACCCCCGAUGGGCAAGGCAGCUGUCCUGUGAAGGGUGGGCCUCACCCUGAGCACGUUGAGAGCAGACCUCAGGACAGUCCCCAGGCCACUGUGUCUGCCGCCCACAGGGAGUGCCCGUCAGAAGCUGCCGCUGCAGAGGCCGGGACCAAGCACAGCACUGGCUGUGAGGCUGAGGGAGCUUUUCAGUGUCACAUUCCCGCAGCAGCCUCAGAAGUCAUAAACGUCCUGGUAACUGAGGCACAGAGCCUCGUCACGGACGAGGGGGACAGCUGGGCAGAUGUCAGUGGCUUCGCCAGCUCUCCAGACGUGGAGCAGCUUGCGCUGUGCGAGAGUCACGGAGAUGUCCCUGUUUCUCGGGUGCAGGAGCAGGGUGCGCUGGAGGCUGCUUUUGCUUCCGUGGCACCUGCAGAGAGGGCCCCAGAGACGAGUGCCCCCAGCCCUGCCUCUCAGGGGCCUCGGUGUGGCGGUGACCUCUCAGGAGUCCAGGAGGACGUCUCCAGCAGCGGGCAGAGCACAAACUUUGAUAAGAGCCGUCUGCGGAACAGACCUGUCAAGCCCAGUAUCUGGAUCAGUUCUCAAAUAUACGACCAGACAUUUGAGACUCCCAGCGUCACCUCUGAUCACACAUAUUAUAACUGGAAACUCGAGCCAUCCGGGAAAAAUAAGAGCCGGUCAAAGACUCCCAGCAAAGAUCAGCCCAGCAGGCCAGCAAAGGCUCUGGCUCCCUGCAGAGGGGAAGCUGGUCAGAGUGAAGUUGCCCAGCUAGGGUCAGGGGACAGAGGUAACACAAAGACUCCCCGAGGGCAGGUGCAGCCCGUCCUGGCGAAGGCCGACACGUCCACGCCCACAGACUGCACUCUGGACACGCUGAACAAGAUCCUGCAGGAGGUGGGGCGGACUUCGCAGCCACUGUCGCUGCUGUCGCCACUGCCGUCCCCGCCCAGCCCGAGCCCCCCGGCCUCUCCUGCCGACCUGAUGUGCCCGUCCUGUACAGCCCCAGCGCCGCCUGUGUUGUCUCCUUGGCCAGAGGAGCCCGGGCCAGCCUCACCGCCGGGGCCCUCCCCGUCUCCCUCCGCUGCCCCAGCGGCGGCAGGGGGGCGGAUCGUGUCCUCUCCUUUGCAGUUUUGUGCGGCCACACCAAAGCACGCACUUCCCGUGCCCGGCAGGCUGCCGCCCUGUGCACCUGCCCACACCACCGCUGUGGGCGGCCCUCAGGAGAACUCUGUGAAAAUCCUCGACACCAUGUACCCGGAGCUGUCUGCCAGGGCUCGCACCCUCAGCAUCCUCAAAGGGAACCUCCAGUUGUCUCGAGGUUCGUCCGCAGAUGGGAAGACUUUACCAGGGCCUGUGAGUGCCCUGAUAGGGCUCAAGGCGAUCACUUCCUCAUCGACCGCUUUCGUCAAAACUGGGGGCACCUCCGGUGGUGACAGUAACCAGGAGCGGCCAGGAGAUUUGAGGACUCAGCCAGACUCGGGGGUGAAGAGAACAUUAUCAGCGUCAACUCCGAGGAGUGCAAAGAGACUGCGCCUGGAUAUCGAGUCCCUGGAACCAGAACCCGUGGGGACUGGUGCCACACGCAGCCCCAAGAACCCCCUGGGAAACCCCCCUCCGCCUGAAGUUGAGCCCACAGAACAGGAAGGCAGCGCGGCUACAGCCACCGGUCCAGUGUCCCAGGUCCCUGCGAAGCCGAAAGAAACAGUGGAGUCUCAUGAUAAAGCCAUAGCUCGCGCACUGAAGAAAAUUGCCGAGUCUUCCUUUGAUCUCUUACCUGUCAUUCGCAGUCAUGUGUAUGUGGGCAAUAUCUCGAAAAAGCCCAUAAUGCGAGACCAAGAGAAGGAAGUUGUUUAUGAAUUUAGCACAACGAAGAAGCAUUUAGCAGAGUGCUUGCUUCACUCCAUUCUCUCAGAACUGAAGAUUCAGAAGGUGUCCGUGGACCACAAUUACAUGCACGCCCUCUGCAGAGUGUAUGUGGGUAUUUGUCGGCAGCUGGGAGACUUGGCAAGAGCUCGCUUGUUUUGCUACAGCCUGCUGAAGGAAGAUUUUCCAGAGUCUGAGAAAUUGACUUUGUUUAUUGCAAACAUGUGGCAUGAGGUGUUUGUCUCUCCGUCGGUGAUUAGUAAAGCCAUGCAGCUGGUUGCCAGGCAGCGUGCCAAAGGGGAGGUUCUGAGCUGUUUGAAAGCCUUUCUCAACUGGGAGAAGAAUGCUCCUGUAGAUGUUGGCAUCAUGGUUUCUAAGCUGCUUUUGACCAUACAGUUAUGUCCAAAAACAGAAUUCCAGCCCAGUGAGAAAUUCGGGGAAGACCUGAGUGAUAACACUUGGGAAUACAUCUUUGCCAUCGAUCUACUCUGCUCCCAUCAGAAGUGGGUUUGGACGCAUGAUAACAUCAUCAGUAAGGAACUGUGGCCUGUGAUGGAUAAGUGGAUAAAAUACAGGAAAGGACAUGCGAACGUUGCGUAUACUCCCGAUGUGAUUGUAGCAUCCGUCCUGAGACUGAUUGGUCGCCUGGGCCAGUUGGGUUUAAAGGAAGGAUUUCCAACUACUGUGAAAAAUAUCAGUUCAGUUAUUGGGAUGUUCAUACAGCAUGCUCAGGAUGAAGAUAUCCCAUGGGGCAUCCAGCUAGCAGCUGUGUACGCUCUGUGUGACUUGAGCCCCAGCAACCCAGAGGAGACCCUGAAGACCCUGGAAGCCUGGCGGAGAAAGACCUCCCACUGCGUCCCCGCUGCAGUCGUCAGCUGCCUGGAAGAGGUCGGCACCCUGGGGACCGUGGCGCUCAGGUGAGCGGAUGCCACUGCAGCAAGACAAGUGCCUUGACACGUCCCGACGCCGGUGGACUAGCGGGUUUCCAGACGGAGGAGAGACGCGCGAUGCCGUGUGCCGGGCCCCUCCUCACUGCUCCGUCAGGCUGGGGGACGGAGGAGCAAGGGAUGCUCCGUAAGCAUCUCCUCCUAAGUGGAAGUGCUCAUUUGACUUCUGGCUGUUGUGAUCAUGUGACAUGUGGAUGUAUUAUUGUGUCUUGGUCAAACGGAAACUUGAACUUAGCCCUUUUUUGCUGCAGAAAGUGUCCUUUUAGUGGCUUUUUAAAAUUGAGUGGCAUUUUAUAAUGAACUUAACAAUGUAAGAACAUGAUUUUGUUCCUGAGCUAUUUUUAGACGUUUUGCUGAAAUGAGUAUCUCGAUAAAGACAAAUUGGCCACAAAGAAAACUAGCAGAGUCUUCCACUAUGUUAGCUGGAAGUGGGCUACAAAAGCUUUUCUCAAGAUUAGUGCAUAAUCUACCAGAGUAAAACACUGAGAGCCAUUAGCAGAAACUCAUUUAAUGCUUUUUCUUCGUAUCGCUAAAGUCCCUUAAAAAUAUUUAACUAUCUGUCAGGAACGGACAGCAAGGCCGAAGACGCUCUCUUGGGGACUCGUGGUCAGCAGCAGCCUGUCUCCGAGCCACCAGGGAGGGUGCCCGCGGGCGCUGUGUGCCAUGUACAUAGGACCGUGCUACGAUGUGUCUCACAUGGGGUGAUAUUCCACUUUCGGAAUUUUAGUAUUUGUACAUAGAAAUGGGUUUAAUAACUCACCGUGAUUCUGAUUGGUCUUAUAUUCAUCAUUUCUUAAACUCUUGUAUGUGUUUUUAUAAUAAAAAAUAAAAGUAAGCCAUGCACACUGUUGUGUUGAGAAAAA